AUGCCGAGGUUUCAAGACAAAAGAACAUUCGAACUACUACAUGAAGUACCGCCGAAUAUGUUCUUUCUCGUACGCGAAGCAUUAUCGCUACGCCAGAAAGUGGUGACCACACGUCAAUCCGUGAUUUUUCUCCAGCGAUGCAAGACGAAUGGGCUGAUUCCUAAGUUCAUUUCAAAUAAGAAAAUAGGUACUGCGUGCAAUCUUCCUGAGAAUCAUCCUAAGAUCUGUAAUAUUUAUCGAUCCAUCUUAGGAAUUGUAAUUAAGGAAAAACAGCAUGUAUUGUACUCAUCAUUGUUGAAAUGUAUUUCGAAAGAACAGGCCUGUCGUCGUCUUCUACCUGAACAAGUAUGGAGGAGGAUUGAAAGUGGAUCUAGAGCGAUCUGCGAUUCUAUUCGGUCUAGCGUCAGCUCGACCCUGCGCGUAAAGUACGAUAGACUUUUGGGUAUGGAGAGUGGAAACCAUUCCAACAAUGGAAGUAGUCCACGUAGACUCCACCGAGCAAUUGACACAACAGCUCCAAAUGCUGUUAAUAAUCAAGGGGCAAGAGUAACGGUACUCGACAACAUUCAUUUGUCCGAUAAUGCUGUUGACUUUCUGAGCCUUGGACCAUCAUUUUCAAUUUCACAUCGAAUCGAUGGGUCAACAUUCCGUAAAGUCACAGUAGGCCUCCACAAGCUUCGGGACCAGCUUCGAAUCAGAACUAGGAAUGAAAGUAACCAUCAGCACACUGCACCUAUAAGCAGAAGAGCGUUACCCCCAACACCAUUUCCGCGCAACUUUUAUAAAGAACCCGAACCAGCUCGCGAAACAGACACAAAAUUUAGAAUUCUAUUAUCUGGGGUGUUGUCCGCUUAUAACCAUCAUAGACGACUCACCCUUAACAAUCUUACGCGCGAGCAAUGGCAGGGUUUGAAGGAAAUCCGCGAAAUGACUACAAGAGGGGACAUACGCCUUUCAGUAAGCGAUAAGGGUGGGGAAUUCGUAGUCAUGUCACAGGCUCUUGAUCGGGAAAUAACAAAUCUUCACUUGCAAGAUGAAACGAUCUAUCGCCGCGUAACAGAGAAAGAAUUCCUUGUGCAGUGCAAACGCUUGAAUCAUGUAUGGAUGACUAUGGGAAAAUCUGCUGGCCUUGACGAACGAUUUGUUAGCCGCCUAAAGCUUGACAAACCGACCUGCCCUGUGUUCUACAGCCUCAUCAAAACGCAUAAGCUGAAACCCGAUGAGGUCAACUCAACAUCAGCGGCCACAUUCAAAAUCCGACCAAUAAUAAGUUGUGUGGGAGGACCAACGGAUCGCAUUUCGUGGUUCCUUAAUAAAAUCGUGAGUCAAAUUUUGCCUAAAAUACCAUCUCAUUUGUCGAACACGCACCAUUUCCUUGAGCGAUUACGCAAUGCGAGAGUUGAGGGCAACUGCGUAAUAGAGUCCUUUGAUGUAACCUCACUCUACACGAAUGUAAAAAACAGUGAGGCGCUGCAAGCUCUCUCUGAGAUGAUAGAUUUAUAUGGUAACAACUUGGAAACAUAUGGACUAAGUAAAUCUCGCAUAAUAACGCUUAUCAAGGAAUGCCUGAAUUGUAAUAUCUUCAGGUGGUCAGGAAAUUAUUUCGCGCAACUGAGAGGGCUAGCAAUGGGUCAACGAUUAGCACCAGUACUGGCGAUCUGCUUCAUGAGCAGAAUCGAAGAACCAGUACUUUCGCGUAGACCAAUAAUGUAUUGCAGAUAUAUUGACGACUGUUGCAUCAUAACAUCAACACAGUCCGAAAUGGACGAGUGUUUCCGAAUACUCAACCAACAAUCGCAAUAUAUAAGACUCACACGAGAAACCCCAAAAGAAGGAUGGCUUCCGUACCUCAACACACAAAUAAGUACUUCAAACGGCAUUAUUAGAGUAAAGUGGUAUCGCAAAGAAAGUUGCAAGAACAUCAUAUUGCACGCCAAAUCUGCACAUCCGACCGCAGUAAAACGCGCAGUGAUUCGUAAUAUGUUCAAAACCGCUAGUGAAGUAUGCACUGGCAACCAAGAACGACACGAAUCACGAAGACUAGCCUUGAAAAUCGCAUGUGCCAAUGGCCAUACAGUACGUCCGCAUUACCGAAGAACCCGCACUGUAAAUAGCAAUAUUCCGCGCGAAAACAAAAUUUCUCUUUGUCUUCCUUUUAUCUCUGACAAUGUCAGUGCCGCUGUUCAUCGCAGCAUUAUCCAAGCACAAUUACAAAAUGACGUGAUCUUGGUAAAUAUCCCAAAUGCAAACAUCAAAAGCCAGCUUGUUAGAAACAGACUAUAUGAUAGAUACUGCAUCUGUGAAAGAUGUGUUAUUUGUCCUUACGGAAAAACAGGCGACUGCGCAAAAAUAGGGGUAAUAUAUGAGAUUGAGUGCUUGAUAUGCAAUGCAACUUACGUUGGGGAGACCGGUAGGAAUCUUGGAGUGAGGAUUAAUGAACACAUGGCCGGAAAACGACGAAAAAGCUUGAUAACACCACUAGGAAGGCACAGACAUGAGGCCCACAACGGAAACGAUUACGAUGUGAAAUGCGUUAUACUGGCUCACGAAACAGAAAUAUCGGCAAGGAAGACGUUGGAGGCGUUUUUUAUUCUUAAAAGAAACCCUUCAAUGAAUAAUAAGAAUGAAUGCUUGUCCAUAACGAAUGAGUUCUUGCCACUUGUACCGCUCUGUGACCUAUAA